UUUAUCAGAGUCCCCAAAAUAAGUAGGGGCGGGCAGGGGCUCUGGGGCUCCCCACACCUUCUCCACUUGCUGCAGGGCCUGGGCUGAAGGGAACCAGCCGUGCCUCGUCUGCAGAGGAGCCUCGAGACCCCCAGCACCAUGACUUGGCUUCCAGCAGCCACCGUUCUCCUGCUCCUGCUCUCUGGCCUCUGCCAUGGGGAUGCCACAGGUGCUGCAAAUACAUUUACUAGUGGACCAGCACCAGCAACAGCUUCCUCAACAAAAUUAUCUGUAUCAACACCAAUCUCCAUCAGUGGGGUUACUGAACCAACAUCAGAAACAUCUCCUAAAGGGAUGACCAACACCAGCACAACUGGGGCCUCUCCAGUUUCUUCAUCAACAGCAAGGGGAAGUGCAGGAAACAUAACCCCUAACAUCACAAGCAAUGAAUCUGUCACCGCAGAAGAUAGAGUGACAACUCCUGCACUUUCAAGUGUUCUUCCAACACUCCAGAGCUCCCCGAACAUGACUGAGAAUCAGACUUCAGUCAAAAUGACAGAAAUAUCAGUUGGCACCCAACAACCAAGUCCAUCACCUUCUGAAGUUAGUGUGUUGUCCUCAACACUAACAACCUCAGGGAACAUCUCAGAGUUUCAAGGCGUUGAAGAUGGAAAAAAUACAAGCUCUUUAUCAAUCAGCCCUUCUUAUUCCAGCAUCAUUUUGCCGGUGGUCAUCGUCCUGAUUGUCAUAACACUCUCAGUGUUUGUACUGGUGGGUUUGUAUCGAAUGUGCUGGAAGAAUGACCCAGGCACGCCGGAAAAUGGAAGUGACCAACCGCAGUCCGACAAAGAGAGUGUGAAGCUGCUCACAGUCAAGACCCUUUCUCACGAGUCUGGUGAGCACUGUGUGGCAGGGAAGACCAAGAACUGAGUCUGCAAAGAAUCCACCUACACCAGGUGAAGAGCACGCUUCAUCUUCGGCUUCUCCGCUCCAGCGGUGAAAAGAGAGGCUCAGGAAAUCAGCGGUGACUUCCCCUCUUGUUCACCCGUCGGUAGAGGGAAUUCAAGAUGACAGGCAGUGACGGAAUCAGAAAGAACUUCAGGCUUCUGCAGUCCCAGCGAUGUAGCAAAGCGUAUCACUCCACCCCCAGGGACUUCUGAGGAGGGCCGGGGAGCGGGGCCUUGUGAGCCUUGAACCCCAGCCAGGGUCAAGUUCAAAGCUUCCAGGGCCGACGGCUUCAUCUAUGGAAAUGGCCCCACUUCCUUGGUGUUCUCAUCGUACUCUGUGUAUUUAUUUUUCUGUACUAUGUUAAUGCGGGGAACCUGCCAGUGUAUUAUUAAGAGUUAGUAGAAAUCAUGCUGUGCCACUCUGUAUAUAUAGGUAUUUUAUUCAUGUUUCCGUGUGUUACUUUAAUAAAUAAUUGCUGCAUCCCCACAUGGCCAGGAAAUAGAAGUUGGUCCCCUGAUUACAAGUAUCUUCGGGUUGUUUCGUAGAGUCUGAGACCUCAUGAGACUCAGAGAGAAGCUUCUGCAACCAGUGAGAAAGGGACAAAGGGUCCACGCAUCACACGCUGUUAGGGGACAGAGAUUUGCUGUAUUUUUUUUGUCUCUCUAUUUGUUGCUCUGUGUGACAAGGAUAUAAGGGUCCUUGCAAGCUCUGGGCUGCGUUCUAGAAGAAGGGGAGAGGAUGGUGGCUUCUCAUUAAUCUGCUUGGUUGAAAAUAACUCUGUACAUGUUUUAUUUCUUUUAGAAAUGUAAUGACUUGUCCUAGCAAUCAAUGUUAAAGCUCCAAAUUGCACAAAAUCAACAUUUCCUAAAUGUAUAACUGGGAUGUUAAUUUUCAGUGUUACUGACCUAAAAACUAUGUGAGUUUGCUGCCCCCCCACACCUUUUGAAAUUUCUUCCGUCGCAAUGUAUUGGGAACUCCCAGGUUUGAGGAUCGGGUAAUCAUCUUAAUUUUUGCUUCCCAAUAUUUGGGUAAUUUCCAACCAGACAAACCAGGCAAGCAUCUACAUUUCUGACAGUGUUUCUAUUUUCUUGGAGAAGAAUGGGGAAAUAGGAAAAGGGAAACAAGGAAAGGAAAGGAUGCAAAAGACUUGGAUCUCCUCUGUGUGCUUUUGCCUCAGGGCUAUUCUGCUCAGACUGCAUUUGAACUUCCUCGCUCUUAAGUGGGUGUAACAGUAGCAACCAUGCCACAUGGGGCCUUCUGCCUUCCCAAGGAGAACAGCCUACAGGCCUGGUCUGUUCCAAGGGUCUCUCAGCUACCCAGAACAAAUUGUGAACAAGCAGCCUUGACUAGGGCUUAAAUUCCUGCAAGUGAGACCGCUUCUAGACAUCAUUUUCUCUAACUUUCAUCAGCAUACUUAGGAGUUUUCAAGAAUGGGACAUGGGGUAAAAAAAAGAAUGGGAGGUGGGAAAGAAAGCAUUUCAACUGUCACAAAAGAAAGAAAUUUAUUCCAUUUCAAGAAUUGCACACAAUGAGUAUGCUUUAUACUAACUACAAUGGUAAGUCUUAAAAAGGUCAAAGGAAUAAGGGGUUGGGGAAUUUAGGGAGCUGUUCGUGGAGUUUUAUAGCAUCGUGCUCAGAGAUAAUCCCAAAUGUCUACAUUUUUUGUUAACCAAUUUAAAUUUCCAUGGAGGUAGGAUAUUUUGUUUUCAAGCCAAA